UGCCACCUGCCACUUUUUAAAUCAUUGCCGGCUGUAGUGCACGUGUAGUUAAUUGAGCACGUUAGUAAUAUUUCAUGAUGGCGGAACAACGUGAGCGUACUUUUAUUAUGGUUAAGCCUGAUGGUGUACAACGUGGUCUUGUGGGCACCAUUAUUGAACGUUUCGAAAAGAAAGGCUUCAAACUAGUCGGUUUGAAAUUCGUAUGGCCAUCAGAAGAACUUCUCCAGCAACACUACAGCGAUUUGGCAUCCCGGCCUUUCUUCCCUGGUCUAGUAAAGUACAUGAGUUCAGGACCUGUGGUCCCUAUGGUAUGGGAGGGCCUUAAUGUUGUGAAGACUGGCCGUCAAAUGCUUGGCGCAACUAACCCAGCUGACUCGCAGCCCGGCACUAUCCGCGGUGAUCUCUGCAUUCAAGUUGGGCGUAACAUCAUCCAUGGUUCGGACAGCGUUGAAUCUGCUAAAAAGGAAAUAGGCCUCUGGUUUACGGACAAAGAAGUUGUGGGCUGGACACCUGCAAAUGAAAACUGGGUUUAUGAGUAAAUUUAUUUUAAUCUGUAUAUUUUGUCUUGUUCUCAUAAUUUAUGUUAAACAUUCUGUGAUUAAAUGAGACAUUUUCAUACAUU